AUGGUGGAAAGUAAACCAGAAAAGGACAGUAAGGAAAGAGAAAGAGGACGUAGAAGACAAGAGUCCUCAUCAAGUUCUUCAUCAGGAAGUACGACGGGUUCAUCAGAUGACAGUUCAUCGUCAGGCUCUACAUCUACAUCGCGUUCAAGCAGCACCUCAAGCACAGCUUCUUCUCGUUCGUCAUCAGCUUCACCAAAGAAAGCGUCAUCAACAAAAGAGCGCGGCAAAAGUUCAACACGUCGUUCUUCUUCACCACGUGGGGUUCGCGCGGAACGAGGGGAGAAGGCAACUGUUGCGUCUUCUCGUCGUUCUCCUACUCCAGAACGCAGGCGUCGCCGUAUAUCUCAGUCUCCCAAGCGACGGUCACCAUCUCCUCGGCGUCGAGGUUCACCAUCCCCUAGAAGACGUAGCCCAUCCACAAAAAGACGCUCUUCAGUCUCGCCAAGACGUCGCGGCCGCAGUGGUAGCCGUGAUCGUGCGAGGGACAAGCGUGAUCGUUCAAGAUCAAAAGAUCGCCGGGCCACCCCGCCACGGAAAGCGACACCUCCUCCUCGACGCUUGUGUGUGCGAAAUCUUAGCAGAAACGUUACAAAAGAGCAUCUAGCAGAAAUAUUCGGAAUCUACGGGACUUUAAAGAGUUGUGAAAUGCCAAUGGAUAGGCAACACACGCAUCUUGGAAGAGGGUACGGUUAUGUUGAGUUUGAGCAACCGGAAGAUGCUGAUAAAGCUCUUAAGCACAUGGAUGGCGGGCAGAUUGAUGGACAGGAAGUGACAUGCGAACUUACACAUCAGCCAAGACUGUCUACACUGAAUGGAAGUGGCAGAAGGGGUGCAUCCCCAAGGUAUCGCGGGAGUUCGCCUCGUAGGUAUCGAAGUCCUCAACGUGGCCGCGGGACUGGCGGCAAUGUGGCGCCUCUUGGACCUAGUCGAUUCAACCGCUCCCGCAGUCGUAGCCCACGCCGCCGGCGCAGCCGUUCUUGA